CGCGCCUCCACGGAGCGCAAGCUGCGGCGGUUCCAGUCGGUGGAGAGCGGCGCCAACAACGUCGUCUUUAUCAGGACGCGGGGCAUAGAACCUGAGAACCUGGUGCACCAUAUAUUAAAGGAUAUGCAUACUACUAAAAAGAAGAAAACAAGAGUCAUUCUGCGCAUGUUACCCGUUUCUGGAACUUGCAAAGCUUUUAUGGAGGAUAUGAAAAAAUACACGGAAACGUUUUUUGAGCCUUGGUUUAAAGCCCCUAAUAAGGGUACUUUUCAGAUUGUUUAUAAAGCUCGUAAUAACAGUCAUAUGAGUAGGGAAGAAGUAAUCAAAGAACUGGCAGGAAUUGUGGGCAGCCUCAAUCCAGAAAAUAAAGUGGAUCUUAAUAACCCGCAAUAUACUAUUGUGGUGGAAAUAAUAAAAAACGUCUGUUGCUUGAGUGUAGUGAAAGACUAUGUUCUAUUCAGAAAAUACAAUCUGCAGGAGGUGGUGAAGAGCAACAAAGAAGAUGCACAGCAAAAGCCAUCAAACGUGACAGAAGAAAAAAACUCGAAGGUAGUAAAACCAGAAGUGGAGGAGGAGGAGGAGGAGAACUCAAAAGAAGUAAAACAGGAGAACAAGAAUGAGGGUGAACUAGAAACCAAGCCCGAGGGGAAGGAUAUGCUCACAGUGUAAAAAAACAAAAAAACAAACAAACAAAAACCCCCCAAACACGAUAGAAGGGAAAGA